UCUAGAUAUCACUAAAUUUCUUCCAUAGAUACACACACCUCGAACAUUGCCCCUAAUAUUGGUUCCGCCCCAACACCCAUUUCCUAAAGAGCCUCCGCCAUGGCAGUCCACCUUCAAGCUCAAGAACAACAACAACACCACCUGAAUCUACCACAAGGGUUCAGGUUUCACCCAACGGACAUGGAAAUCAUCACUUUCUACCUAGUCCCCAAGGUGCUGAAGAAACCCUUCGACACGAUGGUAAUCGAGGAGGUGGAUCUGAACAAAUGUGAGCCAUGGGAUCUCCCAAAUCAGGUAAACAUGGGGGAUAUGGCACAAUACUUCUUCUCCCGGAAGGACCUCAAGUACCCCACCGGAGUACGGACCAACCGGGCCACAAAUGCUGGCUAUUGGAAGGCUACCGGAAAGGACAAGGAGAUUUUCCACCCGCCGACCAGGAGUCUCAUCGGCAUGAAGAAGACUCUAGUCUUCUACAAGGGCAGAGCCCCUAGGGGGGAGAAGACCAACUGGAUCAUGCAUGAGUACAGACUUGAGACCGGCAAGAAGCCCACUCCAGGCUUGCCCACUGACAUUGCCAGAGCUACCACCAUUAAUGCGUCCUCCAAGGAGGAGUAUGUGGUUUGUAGAAUCUUCCAUAAGAGCACUGGAUUGAAGAAGGUGCGGAUGCCAUCAUAUGUCAUGUCCAUGGGGGCAGAGCAACAACACGACUUCUUCGAAUCCAAUACAUUUGCUCCUCUCAUGAACUACAGCACAUCAUCGUCAUCGCCAUUGCCACCGUUGUCUGAAGGUUCUUUGUACCAGAUGCAUAACAUUGGGGUCGGAUCUUCUAUGAUGGGCAGUGAUGUGCUCCCAAUGAUGAACAACCAUUACUUUGAGAACCAUCACCACCAGAUGCUGGUUGCCCCGCCACAGUCAUCGAUUUCGUUCUACAACAACAACCAGCAGCAACAGAUGAUGCAUAUCAGUGCAGACCAGGGCUUCAUCGUCGGGGUUGAUGCUGGGAGCGGUACAUCAUCUAUAGUAUCACAGGAGGAUGUUGUGACCGGGGUGAACAACAACAUUCAGGGAAAUGGUGGUGCAACAACCUCCAGCGAGAUCUCGUCAGUCAACAUGGGCAUGGAUGACAUGUGGAACUACUGAUGCACAAAGGAUCUGAGAGAAUACAUAAAUGUGUGCAUGCAUAAAGUAAUCAUCCACCACAAGAUCAGUUGACAUAUAGCAACGUCUAUAUUGGUUUGCGUCUCAUUUUAUUUUCAUGGUCAAAAGUGUGUUUGUAUGCAUUGGCUUGCUUGGCUUGCUUUUCUUCUUCUAUUAUUUUCUUUUUGUGUAUUGGCUUGUAUAUGCACCACCCACUGGUGUAUACCUAGCUUCAUUUGCAUGUGUUGUAAAAAACCUGGCAGUGUGUCAUGCAUGUUUUAAACCUAUGUGGAAUAAAUAUUUUGUUUAAUUA